GUAAGUAUAGUAUACAAUUAUGUUAUACUUACGAGUUUUAUUUGACAGUUCAUCGACCAAACCCUCUGAACGUUGUAAUGUGACUUGCAUUUCAUUUUUUGUUUGCCGUAAUUCUUUUGUCAGUGCAUCCACAUUUUUUAAAGCUUCACCCAAUUUUCCUUUCAUUUCCACACUUCCUUCACUCUUCAAUGUCACCUCCUUAGUAACAUUAGAUAAUUUCCUUUCCAACUCCGAAACUUGACCCUUUGUGGUGUCAAGGUCUUUUCGCAAAACUAAAAUCCUAUCUUUGUAUUGUUUUUCUUGAUUUUUCCACGAGUUUCUUAAAUCAAGUUCUUUCUGUUGAAGAGUUUUCAUGGAAACCUCGGCUUUUUCCGUAGCUUCCUUUGCAUGGCUCAGUUCCUUCUCAUACAGAGUUUUUAGUUUUUCCAACUUUGCGAUAUAGUCACGUUCUAUUUUUUCGCGCUCAGCACGAAAGGCUUCUGGAGAAUUACUAAGGUCUUUGAUUUUUGCUUCAAGAUCUGUUUUUAUUUUUUCUUUGUCUUUCACUACCUCAUCGUAUCUUACUCUAUGGGCUUUCAUGAGUUGAUCAAGCUCUUCAUGAUGUUUGCGAACUAAUUCCUCCAUCGCUGUGUCUUUAUCCUUUUCUAAAAGCUCCCGCGUCUGUUUAAAAUCCUCUAGUUGUUUCUCGAAAUUAUUUUUCGUUUCUAAAAGUUGUUUUACGCUCGCGCUAGCCUUCAGCUCGUUCUCCGCUUCUAGUUUCUCUCCCCUUUCUUUGACAGAGAUUUUGUACUGCUCAAAUUUAUCCACUAUUUGCGUCCUUUUUUCACUUUCCUCGCGCAAUCGCUGCUCUAAAUUCCGCAUAUCUGCCUUCUGUUGUUCAUAUUUUUCGAUUCUCUGCUGCAGUUCGUUCACUUUACUUUUCGUUUCCCUUAGUAAUUGCUGCAUUUCGCUUUCGUGUCGUUCUUUAAGGCAGUCGACGAUACUGUCCUGUUCGUCAUUUUUCGUGUUUAAAGCAUAAACAACUUUGGUAAGCUGCGCGAUCUUCUUGGACAUUUUAAGAUGAAUAUCUGGGGUAACAUCUAAACCGUUUCCCGCCGUGAAAUUCCCCAUGUACGUGCCGUUUUUAUGCGGCAUUUUAUUAAACGUUGUUGACUUUGUUGCCGCCAUCUUUCUUGUGUAAAAUAAACCGCGUUCGUUGUCAUGGUAACGCCGAGUAUAUGUCAACAAUAAGCAAUAUGGCCGCCGCGUACGUUCCUAGCGAUUGUACGGUUUUAAACGUUAUUGAAUGGCUUCCAAGAGACGAUACCUUGCCAGGAUUUGUGGUUUUAACUUUCCUUGGCUUUUUUGUCAUCGGUGCCAUUUUGGCACUGCUUGUCGUACGCUGUGCGGCCCGUGAAGUUGAGGUAAAACGGAGGAGAGAGGCAUCGGUUUCAGCUCCCCGAGGCCCUUCGAAGAACGUUUGGAUUUUUGGCUAUAAAGUUUAUAUAGCAAUCGUCCUUGUCUUGUUAUUUAUCUUUCUUAUUAAUCUUUUCGUUGUGCAAAUUAUGUUUGCAACAAGGGAAAACGAUGAAAUGAGUCGUAGUGAGAAGCAUAUGUCGGAAAAAUUUUCAGGUUCGGUUUGGCUGUGGGCUAUUUUGGCAGCUCUUUUUUUGUUGCCAAUUUUUGGCUAUUUGGCGCUUAGAUGCAUAAUGUUUCCCGGGAUGUGUCAGGCUUUAAACCAUAAAUACGAGGUAACAAAAAUUUAACUGUUAAAUUAAUACUAAAAACUAUAUUAAAUUUCUAAUAUUAAAAUUUUGUGAAUUAUUAUAGAAUAAUUAAUAUAAAGUUAAAAAUAACAUUCUCUUAUAAACCACGAACAUAAAAUGCAACAUUAAAAACAUUUAAUAUAGACAUAUGUUAUAAAAUAUCAAGGUCACAAAGCAUAACAUGGCAUUUAAUAUCAUAACAACUGUAACAUCGUAACAACAGAUACAGCAAACACACGAAACAUUCAACAUAUUAUUUGUACAGUAGAAAUUAGUGAAGUGAAUUAUUGCAACUGAAGAAUUAGAAUUACUAAAUGAUAUAAAAACAUGUCAUUUUAGCAAUACAACUUGCAAAAACAGUGACUGAUGUAAGAUUUAUCAAAAUUCAAAAUAUUACCUCAAUUAUUAAUUCUUUAUAUGGAAAGAUAUAGAUUCUUAAUUAAUUAUACCGGUAGUCAUCACAAAUCUGGCAAAAAUCCAGCACAAUAUAAAUUCAAGUAAAACAUUUGGUAAAAAAAAACGAAGAAACAUUUUAUUCUAAACGUCGCUGCACACCUGCAGUGUAGUUUUUGUGCUCUUGGAAAAGAAUUACCUAAAUUUUACAAAGAUAUUACAAGAUUUUAAAGAUUUACAACAUUUUAUCCUAGCUGUCCGCCGUACUAAGCCAACCAAAGAGUAUUUUAUAAAGAAACUACUAGAGAACGAGAGGCAGAAAAAGUGCUAAUACUCGGUAAUAUAAUUAACGGUUUGUGCCAAAUAAUGUGGGUAGUGACGAUAAAAACUUUGUUUGUGUCAGUUCGUGGUAAUCUUCAACACAUAUGACAAAACAUAAGCCGGAUUUUUAUAGUUUUUUGCUUCCUUAUACAUGAGCGAUAUGAUGCAAAAUGUCUCCAAUUAAUAAAGUUAUACUAAUUUUCGCGUGACGUCUGCGGGUUGAGAGAAAUAUGACAAAACAUAAGAUUUUUAUAGUUUUUUUGCUUCCUUACAUGACCACUAUGAUGUAAAAUAUCGCCAAUAUUAGUUAUACUAAUUUUCUUGUGACGUCUUGAGACGUCUACAGAUUGAGAGAGAUACAUGCAUGUCAUAUGACAAAACAUAAGAUUUUUCAAGUUUUUUUGCUUCCUUACAUGACCACUAUGAUGCAAAAUGUCGCCAAUAUUAGUUAUACUAAUUUUCGUGUGACCUCUUGAGACGUCUACGGAUUGAGAGAAAUAUGCCUAGACUUAUUACUUAGCCUAGACUAUUUAUCUUUACAAAAAUUGUGAUUACUUAUUAAGUAGCUUUCUUAACUGUGUUUAUCCUAACCCGUGCACCCUGUCAACUUUCCCUGUGGGAGGAAACCGGAGCGCCCGGAGAAAACCCACGACUUUCGGCAGAGCGUUGACAGACUCUUUUCACAUGAGUCCGUUGCGAGAGUCGAACCCGCGAUCUCAGAGGUAACUAAGUCGCUUGCUCUGACCACUCUGCCACCGAAGCGCCACAACCCCGUACACUAACAUUUUGGAAGUCAAUUGUGUGAAAGUACAACAAAAACUUUGUUAUUUAGGAACACAACCAGCGAAAACGAGCUGAGAAACAAAAGAAGAAAGCAAAAGCAAAGACGAAAGAACAUAUUGUUUUGGUUCAUAUAGAAAAGCAAGAAGAUACAAAACGGUCCACAACGGUCAGUACUAGAUUGGUCUAAAUUUGCCCCAAGCCAUGUCUCAUGAGUUCUGACUGUUACAUGGUAUAUAGAGUUUGGAGCCAGGCAGAACUCAAUGCAUGCAUGGGGUCGUUCUGCAUGAUGGAAAAUAUCUAAACAUUAUACUACUUUCAAUACUGCUCAGCGUCGUCAUCUUGGAACUACGAAUUCAUUUACAUUGGCCCGAUUUUUACAAGAGACAACUCAUCCGGCAAAGAAACGAUAGUUCGUCUCAUAUUAAUUUUAGGGUUUCCAAUUUUUGACAGAAGUAUAGGUGGUUAUGUGGUGCUGAAGGUAUCACUCAACGGGGUCUGAAGGGGUCUCCAGACAUUUUGGAGACUAUUGUGUAAAAUUUAUAUGUCUGUAAGAAAAGCAUGUAACCUUUCCCUUGACAUUUCUGCCGUAAGGAGGAACUCUCUUGAUUUGUAAUUUCGAGAAAUAACCGGUGAUUGUCUAGGCUAUACUCAGGGCAGGAAAAAUAAUUUUCUUCCUUGGAGCGCAACCUGAAGACAAAAAUUUCCUGCGGACCAACGGAGUAUUUUUGUGCUAAAUCUGCAUGUGCAUAAACAUGUAAAGUGGUUCUAGCUGACCAUAUAGUUUUAAAUAAAGCGAUAAUGUCUGUCAACCAUUAUGUUGUUGCGCCCAUAGUGGGACAUGGAUGUUAAGGUUUAAUUCCUUCAAAUUUUCAACAGCAAAUCUUCAUUCAAACGAAUUUCCUGCAGCUGUGUAUCGGCUUCUAUGCAUGGGGAACUCUGAUUAACUUGCGUAGUUCGUCUUGACGGAUGAUCGGUCAAAGUGUAUAAUAUAUACGGCAUUCAACUAUAAGAACGCUUUGCAAUAACGUAUACUGGUAUAUACCUAAUCGUUCCUCGUCUAAGUUAGUAGCAUCGUUUGUCGCACGACGCUAUAGCUGCCAGUAGAGAUCAAUCAUAUUCUACACUGCUAUAGAGGUCGUCUGAUCAAUGUCGUCGUGGCUUCAUAGAUGUUUUUAUACUUUAAAAAGCAUUCAAACAUUGUGUACAUUGUUUCUCUAGUUUUUUACUCAGAACAAAAUCUCGCCUCUGCCUGCCACAGAAGAAGAUGGUUUCAUUCAGGAUGAUGCUGGAUCUAAGGCCACAAGUGAUACAAGUUUGCGAAGCGAUGCUCAUAUAGCCGAAGAGGAAACUGCAUCAACUGAAACUGAGGAAUAUGGCUUCUCUAUCAUUGAGAUCUUAACCAAAACAUCCAGGUUGGCAACUCAUUUUGACCAGGGUCGCCGAGAGGUUGCGCGGGGUCCCGGGCAAAACUUUCCGAGGGGCGCCUAUGACGUCAUAAUUGUACACAUUUUUAAGCGUUUAACACAUUUUUAAGGGAAUACAUAUAUUCUAGCUACGUGCAUUUUUUUCUGUUGUUAAAACAUUAUUUUUUGCCUGCCGUCCCAUUUAUAAUUACUCUCUAAUUUUCAAAUAAAUUGAAGACAACAACGUACCAUCGGUAUCAACCAUUGUAACAACCGAAACAUCAGUACCAGUCUACCAGACCUUAUAACUUCUAUCGCCUAGCAAUCAUUACCCUCUAAAUAUUUUAUUUUACUGAAAAUAUUAUUUCCACAGUGAGCAGAUGGAAGUCGAACUGCAAGGGCAAGAUCUUAAGUCUGUCAUUGAAAUGGAGGACAAUCUUCUGAAGCAAAAAGGAGAGGUUCGUUUUUUUAAACAAACAAUUUGCCUGACGUAGUGACUUCCCAUAUAUUAAUGCUAUUCCGAAAUAUUUACACAAUUUGGAUUUGUUUUAUAGGAUUGGUCAGCUAUACGCUGAGAAUUAGGAUUGCAUUUAAAUUGAGGUAGAUAAUAUGGAAAUUGACCCGUGUACCAACUAUCUUUUCUUGCAGACAUUCGUGCAUAUUUGGAGAAUGAUUUUAGAUGUGUUAUUCAACAAUGGCCGCAUUUCAGAAAUAUAUCGAAGAGAGUCCAUUGCAAAGUUGGAACAGGUAUACUGCACACGAUUACUGCAGGUCUGUUGGAUGACCGGUCGUCUGUCAGACCGUGCACCUUCGGAAGUUCAAAUUCCUCGAUAUUUCAGAAAUGUUGAGUCCGAGUAUGCUUCAAAUUUCUUUUUUCAGGCAGUCGAGGAUAUUCACCGAAAUAAUGAAUUGGAACAUGAAAAAGAGAGCAAGGUAUGUUACAUUUAGAUUCACUGUAAUUUAGGCACAUCCGCGCUACCAUUGAAUGGAGUAAAUCAUCACCUCAUUUCUAUUACCUCGUGGAAAGCAAUAUCAAUUGUGAAUUGUAUACAUCAUUCCACCUAACCAGGAGCAGUUUUGAAAAAUGCAACUAUCGUCGGGCCCUCUGACAGGAAUCGAACCUGCGGCCCUGCGAUUCAAAUUCCACCGAACUGUCCCUCUGUAUAGCUAAUGCAGUUGCAGUUAUAGACCCAUUGCACAUGACGUCACAGCGCCGGUGACGAUGCAUCUGGAGGACAAAUUAGCAAUCCAUGCAUAAUAUAACUUUUGUAAACAAAGCAAAUUUUGUAGAACUUUAUAAUAAUUUUGUAUUAAAAUGGUUUUUUUUUGCGCUGUAUGUGAGUGUUGUACCCGAACAAAUAUUGUUAGAGAGCAUCUGGAGGACACUCUAAGGAUUUGUGACGUCAGUGCAAUGGGUUUAUAGCGCUGCACCGGAAUCGCAGGGCUGAUUCAUGCCAAAGUGCCGAUAGUUGCAUUUUUCGCAACUGCUCCUAUCCAAUUAGGUCUAAUAAAAUGUAUGCAAAUGGUGAUUGCAGCUAUAGACUAAAUUUUGAUCAAGGCAAGACGGAACGAAAUGCAACACCACAGCAAGAAAGAGCAUCGUAGAAUGAGUAAAACUGUAAAGAUUGGUUGCGAAAUGUUGUAAAAUGAAGAAAAUAUAUAUAGCUAGUCCUGUGAAGUUCGCAAAUUUUGUAUAUAUAUUUGUGUUAUACGCGCGGUAAAAAUUGGCCUGAAUAUAAUAAGGUAGAUCAGUAUGUACCAGGACGAACUCUACGAUCAUCAUCACAAAUCCAACUUGAAGUGCCAACCGAAAGUGGAACAUUUCAGGACAGUGCUGCAGCUGCAUUUAACUAUCUGCCAGAUAGUUUGCGAAAUUGCAAAGAUUUCAACAUUUUUAGAACAAGUGUGAAAGUCUAUCUCACAGACUUGGCCCACGAGAGGCUCGGGCCAGGGUAUAAAUGACUAUGUUUUGUUACAUCUGUUUUGUGAAAUAUGUACUGUGACUGUGUGAAUGUACUGUAUAGAUGUAUUAACUCUUCAUAGCUACUCAUUGUAAAUAUAGCACUUGUUAAUAUAGAUUAGUUAAUUUAGUGAUAGAAGAGCCAAUUCGAUUUGGAAUCGCUAAUAAAUCAUUAUUAUUAUUAUUAUUAUUAUUAACCACUUUCGGCUCAAAAAUGGUUAUUUUUCCCGCGCGUAAUGCGAAUAUAUACAAAAUUUGCGAACUUGAUGCACAGGGCUAUAUUUUCCUCGUUUUACAACAAUUCGCAACCAAACUUUGCAAUUUUACUCAUUUUAAGAUGCUCUUUCCAGCUAUGGUAAUGGUUGCGUUCAUCUUGUCUAGAUCAAAAUUUCGUAUGUAACUGGAAUCAUCCAUUUCACUCAAAAUUUUCAUCUAUACAAAUCUCUUUAUAUUACCUCUACUUCUACCCAGCAGACAGCUCUAUAAUUUACAAACAUUUGAAGUAUUCCCCCAUUAUUUCGGGGUUUGGUUAUAUCCUUUUCAUGUCAUCCAUGUGCAAUGAAUUUGUUCUUUGUUGUAUUUUUCCAGAGGUUAAGGUCAGAAAUCGAAGAUCCUUCUCAACUCGAGGAAGCGCUGGAGAGCUUACACAGCAGUUACAGCAAGAAAAUUGUCUCUGAAUUUACAGAGCUUCAAAAUUCUGCCGCAAAUGAUUUGAAAGAAAAGUCACAAUUAUCAGAGGAAGAGGUGGAUGAUUUCUGUUCAAAAUUACUAUAUUGUUUGAUAUAAUAAUAUAUACACAGGAAAACAAUGAUUUAAGAUACCGUAUAAAGUGUGUUAAAAACGAGGCGCUGAUCAAGUUUUAAAAAAUAUGUACGUAGUUGAGUCAUUAUUUCACGUGGGCCCAAGCAAAUUGGGAAAAUGCCUAUUGAUACUCCUAAUAAUUAUUUUUAAUAACUAAAGUAACCAGAAGGUAUUAAUAAUUAUGUUGAAUUCUCAUGUUAUUGACACUGUCUUAUUUUUUCUCAGGCAAACGCGAUAAUAAUGAAGGUGCAAAGUAAUUUGGCAGCAAGUGAAAAAUUCUUUGUUGAGGAACAGACAAGACAAAGCAUGGUCAGUUUUUCUCAAUAAUUUUAUGCAAAUAUAUCUAAUGGACACCGCGCUCUAAUACAGGCAUCUCUCUAAUAUAGACAUCUUUCUAAUUAUACGGACAUUUCUCUAAUACAAACAUCUCUCCAACACAGACACCUCUCUCAUACGGACAUCUCUUUAAUACAGACGUCUCUCUAAUAUAGACACCUCUCUAAUACGGAUAUUCUCUCUAUUAAUACAGACACCUCUCUAGUAUGGACAUCUCUUUAAUUAUACGGACAUCUCUCUAAUACAGGCAUCUCUCUAAUACAGACACCUCUCUAAUACGGAUAUCUCUCUAAUACAGACACCACUCUAACAUGGACAUCUCCCUAAUUAUACGAGCAUCUCUCUAAUACAGACAUCUCUCUAAUACAGACAUCUCUCUAACACAUGCAGACACUUCUCUAAUAUGGACAUCUCUCUAAUACAGACGUCUCUCUAAUACAGACAUCUCUCUAAUACAGACACCUCUCUAAUACGGACAUCUCUCUAAUAUGGACAUCUCUCUAAUACAGACACCCAUCAAACUUAGCUGAAAACAUCUGUACAACUGACGUUGACCCGUUGAAAUACGUGACAGUAGGGACAGCUGAUUUUAACUUCAAAAGUAUUACAAAAGCAAAUGUGAAAAGUGUAUUAAAGAAAUCGAAAGCUACCAAAGCAACAGGCACUGAUAAUAUUUCAAUUAAGCUUCUAAAAUUAGCAGGUGACUCUAUCACAGAACCAUUAACAUUCAUUUUUAAUUUGUCUUUAUCUACUGGUAUUUUCCCUGAUGACAUGAAAUUUGCAAAAGUUACGCCAAUCUUUAAAACCGGAAGUAAACUAGAUUGCGGAAACUACAGACCAAUCUCAGUUCUUUCGGCAGUUCCCAAGAUAUUCGAAAAGAUUGUUUAUGAACAAUUCACGAAAUUCCUAGACGACAAUAACAUUAUUUCUAAACACCAGUCUGGCUUUCGGCCACUGCAUUCAACCGAAACGACACUGCUUCAGUCAACUGACGAAUGGCUUUUUAAUAUGGAUAAGGGCUUAAUUAAUGGAGUUUUGUUUCUGGAUUUAAAAAAGGCCUUCGACACAGUCGACCAUAAAAUUCUUCUUUUAAAACUUAAACGCUAUGGAGUAGGUGGGAUUGCAUUCCAAUGGUUUCAAUCCUAUCUUCAACAGCGACAACAAAUCUGUAAAAUUGCAGGCUCUUCAUCUAAUACCCAAACGCUACAUUGUGGUGUCCCUCAAGGAUCAAAUCUUGGACCAUUACUGUUCUUAAUUUAUAUCAAUGACCUACCCAAUUGCCUUGAAACAACGCAUGCCUCGAUGUUUGCGGAUGACACAAACUUGGCAUGUGAAGGUGUUUCAUCAGAACAAAUUGAGCAAAAACUAAAUAACGAUCUUAAUAAUGUUCAAACGUGGCUAACAUGCAACAAACUUACACUAAACAAAGAGAAAACUGAAUACAUGAUUAUUGGAUCACGCCAGAAAUUAAAUAACCUAUCUCGUAAUCCGAACAUAGUCAUUGGAAACCAUAGUGUGGAACGAGUUCAGGACAAAAAAGUCUUGGGUGUAAAAAUUGAUAAAGAAUUGAAAUGGAAAGAUCAUAUCGAUGCACAAUGUAAGAAAAUUUCUAAGAAUAUAGCCCUCCUAAGGAGGGCGAAAAACUUUACAACAGAACAAACACUUUUGACAAUGUAUAACGCGCUAAUUUUACCCCAUUUAACUUAUUGUUCCAAUGUAUGGCAUGAUGGAAAUAAUGCAAAUAUGAACAAGCUUGUUAAACUGCAAAAAAGAGCAGCUCGUGUGAUAGCAGGUUCUAAUUAUGAGAUACGUUCCUCUGACAUUUUUAAGAAACUUAAUUGGGAACCACUAGAAACCACUCUGAAAAAACGCGAACUUGUGAUGACUUUUAAAGCGAUUAGAAGUUUCGCACCAGAGUAUUUAUCUAACCUUUUCACCGCUACUUUCAACAAUGAUUAUAGCCUUCGAAGUAAUAACAGAAAUCUCUGUUUAAAAAAACCUAAGACGAAUUUUAUGAAAAAUAGUUUCUCUUAUCGUGGAUCAUCAUCAUGGAAUAAACUACCUAUGCAAAUAAGGGAUAACUACAAUCAACUCUCUAUUGACUCAUUCAAAAGUACUAUUAAUGGAUAUUUCAAGUCAUAGAUUGUUGAGUGUUUGCAUGAUUUAUGUCACUAUUAUAGAUAUAUAUGAUUUAAAACAAUUAUUGCAUGCUAUUUUGUUAUUACGAUAUUAAUUAGUUUUUAGUCUGUAGAUAGUAUACUUUUGUAAAUAGAUGCACGGCCCUAUGAAAACCAGGACACUGAUAGGUUACCGUGUUUAAAUAAAUUUAAAUAAUAAUAAUAAUAAUAACUAAUAUAGAUACCACUCUAAUACGGAUAUCCUUCUAAUAUGGGCAUCUCUCUAAUACAGACACGUACCUCUCUAAUGUGGACAUCUCUCUGAUACGGACACCUAUAGUUUCGAAUAAGGACACCUCUCCGAUACAGAUACCCUCUAAUACGGACACCUCUUAAAAGUGAAAUAGGGGUCAUCUCUAAUGCGUAUGACGGGCACUAAGUAUUGAAUACACAGAUUUCAUAGAUUAUUUUUAAGCCUUCUUGGUCGUUCUAACAUACAAAAUUUAAUGUAGAUAUAUACUGAUGCUUUCCAGGUUUUACAAGAGAAGUUAUUACGUAGACAGGCUCUGGUUCAACUACGUGAUCAGAUGAACGAUCAGGUAAAAUGCGUGGACAUGCUUUGAGCCAUUAUUUCAAGUUACUGGGAUUUUUAUUGCUUCAAAACCUUCGUGUGUUGUUGUAAAAUUUUAUUGUCGUUGUAUUUUUAGGAAACAGAAGCUAUUGAAAACUUGCCAAAGAAACAUCGUGAAGCCUUCGACAAACUUUGCCAAGAUAAUCAGAAUCUUGAAUCUCAAAGAGACGAGUAAUAUAUCAUACUUUUGUAUUAUUCACGUGCUGAUAACCUGACUAGGUUUAUCAUGUGAUCAAGCUAACCAAAGUUGUUUUUUUUACAUUACAAGGAUUUUAUCAGAAUAUGAGCAAGAUCUAGCUCGAUUGCAGGAAAAUCACGAACACAGUAAGUCUUAGGCCCCAGAUUCACUUGUCACAAUAUCGAAGUUGACAAUUUCAGGUACCCAGGAAGCGGCAUGAGCGGCAUUUAUACUGUAGCUAAGUCGUAACAAGUGAAUUCGGUAUCGUGUACAAUUUACAAUACUAUACCUUAAAACAAAAUAGUAGACAUUACAAAUAGCAAAACUUGAGUUAGAUAAGCGAUUGGCAAUAAAAUUACACUGUAAUAACAGAAAAUACACAUGCAUAAAAGUUCUCUAAAUAUUACUGAGCAGAAUACGUCAUUCUCCUCGUCAAUGCUAAUAAUGUAAUAACGGAGGAUCUCUUUUCUUUCACUUAAUGCAUGGGAAAGAAUCAAAUGAAAGAGAUGAUAGAAUACAGACUAGAGUAUUCAGGCCUACUGUUGUAGCUUUGUUAUCAAGAUUUGUAUCAUGCAGAUAGGUCAAUAGGUAUUGGAGGAUAAAAUUGAUCGAUAGAUUAGUUUAGGACUUGAAUCAGUCUCUUUGACGAGCUCAAGGUUUUCCUUAUACUUUCAGAUGUUCUCGCUCAACAAAACAAGCUGGCGUUAAAAUUGAAACAGAAGAGAGAAGAGAGAAUACAACUGUUAGCUUUGAGACAACAACAAGAAAAAGAAGAACAUUACAAAAAGGUAUUCGUGCAGAGUUAAAAAAUUAUGACGUUUAUUAUAGGUUCAAGGCUUAUAUAGGGCGGGUAUAUACCAAGCGUAGUGUAGGCAGUAUUCAGUAUUCUUCAAUUGGGUAUGUGAACAGCCUAGUUGUAAAAGAUUAAAAGAAAAAUUAGCCCUUCUUUAGCUGGUUACUUUGGGAUUUAGUUGGGAAUGGUUCCGUGGUAUUCAGGUUGUUAAUUGCAAACGAAAGCUAACAGAGCCGGAACAUAGCUUAUUAAAUCUAAUGAUUGGUUUAUUUCACUGUUUAUUUAGACAUGCCAGCAAGUAUCCGAGGGUGAAAUGGAUCUGGAAGCUUUUGUCCAAGAACAAACGAAUCUCAAGAAAAAACACACGAUGGAGCGAGAAGAUGAAGAAGGCCAAGCCGACAAAACAGAAGCUGAAGAGUUGGAACGAUUGAGACAGGUGAGUCUUAAUUGGACGUCUUCAAUAAGAUACCAGAUAGCUGUAUCAGGGUUCCCAGUAUAAUUUGAAGUAGGAGGCAUUUUAAAAGAAGAAGGCGGUAUGCGUGGUGGAGUACGUCUCUCUGAAGAUCGAAGAUUCUGAAAUUUACACUCUCUGAAAUGGCGUUUCCAGCCAUUUCGUUCACAGGUUUUGGAGGUUUUGUAAUUUUGAACCCUGGCUUAUGUUCACUUGUGUACCGUAUUAGCUUAGAGUAUUGUGUUUUGGGGCAAUUGUGACAGCCCAGUGAAGUCUCUCUUGUUUUACUUCGAUCCAAGUUGAUUGAAAAUAAAAACCAAUAAUAAUAGCGGAAUUGUUCAAAGCACGAUGAUAGAUCCAGUUGUUAACAGUGGUACACUGGUAAAUAUAUUGUAGUUUACCUUAAAGUUUGUGAACUGGCUUCGAUUUUGCAAUUGUGGUGCAGUUUUGAUUCCUGCAACAUGCUAUUUAACCAAGACGUUUGGCAAGCCAUAGAAACAGUGUUUCUGACAAAAUGUGUUUCCGAAUUUGCUUGGAAACACUUUUUAUUCCUGAGAAGCAAGGCUUGCAGCAUUCGAGUAAACGUCGGAAUUUUCAAAUCUUGGAUUUUCGAUAAGAUAUUGCAGGAUCUUGGCAAGAUCUUGCAGGAUCUUUGGUAAGAUCUUGCAGGAAUUCGGAAAGAUUUUGGGUAAGCUCUUGUCAAGAUCUUAUUGGGAUUUCGGCAAGAUUGUCAACCUAGGGAAUGUUUCCGAAGCCUGGCAACAUUUGAAAAAACGUCAGAAUUUUCAAAUCUGCCUUAUUUCUUCGCUUAGCAUCUGGAAGAAGAACGAGAGAAAAAGAUCCAGUCUUACGAAGAAAACAUAGUAAAGAAAAUGGCAACGAUGGCGCAAUUAUCCAACGAGGAUGUUCAACAAUUCAUGGAAGAACAUAGAAAAGAUAUGGCUGUAUAUAAUGGUUAGUUGAUGUUGAGAACUCUUAAGACCUGUAUGUCGGAAUUUUUUUUCUGUGUUUUCAAAUUGGCAAAACCCAACUGAAUGCUAGAUUUCUACCAUAUUUUGUACCAUAUUUUCUUGUUUCUUCAGAUAAACUGGAAGAAACGAAGAGUCAACAACGUUCACAGUUGAAAGAGAGAAUCGAAGCUCGUAAAGCAAAACUAGAGCGAGAACGAGCUCAGCAUAAAAACGAACAAACACAGUUGAUUACUCAACAAGAAGAGGUCAUAGAUCAAGUUUUAAAGAUGCAAGUUGGUCUCACAGAAGAGUAUGUAUUCUUGCAUGUACAUAAAGUUGAACAAGAUCCCACAAGUGAAAUUAUCCGCCAGACUACUGGCAUUCUCAUUUAUAGACGUUUAAUAGUCUGAUACACAUAGCUUUCCAUACGUCUUAGUUCCUCAUGUAGUCCAGUAGCUCUUUACCACAGUCUGUAGUCUGGUCCAUCAUCAUUCUAUAUCUGCAAACAAGUUGUUAUAAAUCUGUCCAGAAGUUGAGUUCACAUUGCUUGUUUCCAGUUAACAACUUGUAACAAGCUUGAUGACAUUGUCAGACUUGUUACAUGGUUGUUCUACAAGUCUGAUACAGUCAUGAUUUAACAAGAAUGUCACAAUGUUGACGACACCAGUUUGUAACAAUAUUGUUAUAUUACGACUGUAUCGGACUUGUUGGUGUUAACAACCUUGCAAAUUGUUGCAGGCUUCCUAACUGUUUAAUUUAUUUGUAAGGGCGAGAAAACAAGUGAUGGCUGAGCAUGAACAGAAUUUAAUGAACUUGAAUAAUCAUCUGCAAAUCACACGACUACGACAACAAAAAAGGUGGGCAUCUUAUUUAUUAAAGUGCGACUAACCCCAAAUAUAAUUUUUGCUAUGUGUAAUAUUUGGCUCAUUCUGCGAUGAAAUGUAAUAUAUCUUUAUAGUAAAAACCUCAUCUUGAUCAACUUUUUACUGUCAAAGUUCCAAAUAUGACGCCAUUAUAGGUGAAUUUUUGGUUAAUACAAAAAACAAAGGAAAACUACAUGAGUAAUUUGCAAUUCCUCUGAUGACUUUAUAUCCGGAGACUGACAGUGAAAAAGUUGAUCAAGAUGGGAUUUUUACUAUGAAGAUAUAUUACAUCUCUUCUUCGAAUGACCCAAAUAUUACACACACCAAAAAUUAUAUUUGUGGUUAUUGAUGCGGUUAUUCCAACAACUUGUGAACAGGAUGUGUUCGCAUUGCUUGUUCCCAGCUUGUUGACAACUUGCUUAAUUGUUGACAACUUGCUACAAGGUUGUUGAACUCAACAGACUUGGUACAAGUUGUUCCAACAAUUUGUUGACAACCUUGUAGCAACUUGAUGAAAUAAUAACAUUGUUACAACUUGUUGACAAGGUUGCUACAAGCCUGUUGCGAAUGCAUCUUGUUAGCAAGUUGUGAGAUUUUAACGUGUUUUAUACAGGUCUAAAAUAGUCUGAUUAAUUCAGUAAGGCCAGUUAGGAAGUCCUGGUUAAAUCAAAUUUUCGGUAGGAGCAGUUCAAAGAUAACUAAAAUAACCAGGAAAUUAUAACCAGUGUGUUAUUUAUGUGCUUGCAAUUUUACAUUUCACUAAGGCUAUACGUUUGUACGAAACAGGAGAAAGUCGAAAGACUUAGUAUUUCACCGGGACAAAUUGGAGCACAUCCAAACAUAUGAAACCCCGUGUGAACAAAUGGCAGCGCAAGAAUUUGCAGUCCUGUGUGAACGCUGUUUAAAAAAUUUUCUCAACUUUUGUAGGUUAGAAGAAAGAUUAGCCCAGCGCAAAGCAAAACUCGCGGAAAUGAAGAAAUCUCAAGAAGAAGAAUUGUCCAGGAAUGAUCCAGAUAAACAAGAAAGUUUAGCAAAGGAACAGGUUGAUAUACGCUAUCAAAUAUUCAAAAUUCUUACGGAGUGUCGUACAUAACUUUAGCGAGACCCGUUCAAACCAACAUUAUUGGACCAACAACGUCGAAUAGCAAUUCAUGCAUUCUGGGAAAAUACUUAACGGUGGUUUCUAUGCAUAUUUUACUAUAUCCUUAUUUGGGGACCAUCUUUAGCUGGGGGCUCUGGGCAAAUUGCCCCUUUUGCCCCUCCCCCAUCUGGACUACCCUGCAUACCUGAUCGUAUUAACCCGAUCGGGCCUAAUCCAACAUCCUUAAUUAAACACCAGCCAACAUUACCAAACAUAGUUUUCAAAUAACAGACCCAACAAUGUUGCAGCCAGCAAUAUAAGAUGAUGUUGGACCAAUAUGUUGGAAAGGUUUGAACGAGAUCCAUAGUUCGGAGCACUAAUGCGCUAAAUAGAAUGGGUAGAACCUAGCCAGACCUUCUCGCGUGACUGGUCGGUCUUGAACUGCGGAAAAAGGCCUAGCGAAAUUCGUCCACUUGCUUUUGGUCCUAAAUUCACAAAGCAAUCUUAUUGGAACUGCCAGUACAUGUACUUUUUUCCAUAUCGAAAUAUCUUCAUUGUUCAUCCCAAAGGCAUAUUAUUGUACAAAAACAUCAAUGACAAUGUAAAUAUGUAGAACCCAAGAUCAUUCUAACGGCAAAAAUGGUUCCAAGAAUGGCAGAUUUGUGAAUUGUAUUAGGUCUUCUUGCAUGCUUUCUGUCUCUCGACAAGGCUUCUCAAUCCAUGCAGUGCGCCUAGCAUUGCGGAAACGAACGGCAGGAAAUAGGCUACGUAUUACCCUAGGUGGACCAGUGCAUGAAAUCUCCAUGAAAUACUGUUUCUGUGGCUGCUACAGUGCCUUGCUUCUAUCUUAGAACAAAGCCUAUGAAGAAGAAAUUAAGAAGUUAGAAAACGAACAUGAUAAAGCUUUGGAAGAUUUACGGCGGUAUGUGUUGACCAGUACAAUUUUUCUUGACUUACUGCAGUACAUGCGUGGACAAAACACUAAAUAUAGUGUUCCAGUUAGUGUUUUGGGUGGUUAUUGUUUAAAUGGGGAAAUGUUAAUUAUGACGACAUGUUCUCCAACUAGUUAUCUACAGACACAGUAUACACUAUUUCAAACACCAGCAGGAGUGCUCUAUCAGAUAUAAAACACGAGAAAAUCAUACUAAAUUUAUGUAAAUUAACAUGAUUUUUUCACUUAUAAAACCACCGAGACACGGUAGUGAUUUUCUUUGUCUUUUCCUCAUGAGUUAUUUCUUUUGUCUUUUCCCAUUAAUGAAUUUUUUAAACAAUUUUUAAAUAUGCAUGAGGUUAUUGAUUAUGUUCAGACGAUUGGCCUUGGAAACCGAGGAGGCACUUAAAGAGCAGGAUAAAAAGCUGGGUGAAAUCUUAGGAAAACAUCAAGUAAGUGAAAUUGAAUUUGUAUUUUGUAAUCUAUAUAUUGAGUAAAUAUUGAUUUGUUAAAAGUUUAACAUAUUUUAUGAACUAGCUUUCUUAAUCUCUUCACUCAAUUUUGUUUAAGGUCGGCGUCGCAAGAAGAGACGAAAUUAUCCGUCGACAAAAUGAAACGAUCAAAGCAAUUGAGGUGAACAAUUUCCCAUUAAGUAUGAGAUUCGGAGUACAAGAUUCUUGAUUAUAAAUCUUGUGGAAAUUACUGGUUAUUUAAAACUACUCGAUACACCCUUAAUUAAGAAUUCAGUCUCGGCCAUACAACCUCUUUUCGUAAUUUAUAUAAUUGGGUUUAGAAUCUUUUAUCUUGUUGCAUGUGACACAUUUACGAAAUUAUAGAGUUACAAUAGAUAAUCUAAAAUAACUUUAGGCCAAAAGGCCAAAAAAAAUAUGUGGGUUUCCUAUUUCUUCUUGUAAAAACUUAGAUAGGAUAGGUCGAUUUUAACUUUUUUUAAAACUUUUUUUAAAAAUUUUCCUAACAACCGGACGCCAUCUCAGUACUUCCACAUCCAAAGAUAAAUUUCCCUAAUAUUGCAUCAAAUUUCUAUUUUCCAAAAGAAAGUUUUCCUCUAAGUGGAAACACUUACAAGCACGAUCCAACAAAAAAGUUUAGGGUCGGGAAACCGGAAACCCACAGAUUUUUUUUGGUCUUAUUAAUUACGUCAUCAGUAACAGUAUAAAGGGCUCCUAAGCCGAUAUCCCAAUCACGAAAAUGGGGCUCCAUCGCCAAGACUUAGUAGUCUGAGUACUUUCCGGAAGGAUGUAUUCAAUGGGCAAUUCCAGAUAUAGACUAAAUUUUUUAUCUAGGCAAGAAGAACAAGAAGAACAAAAUCCAUCACCACAGCUAGAAAGAGCAUGUUAAAAUUAGUAAAAUUGCAAAGUUUGGUUGUGAAAUGUUGUAAAAUGAGGAAAAUAUAGCCCUACGAAAUUUGCAAAUUUUGUAUUAAUUUGUGUUACGCACGGAAAAUGCAAGUGGCCGGCAUUUUCCCAUGCGUAAUACAAAUCAAUUGACAAAAUUUGCAAAUUUCGUAGAGCUAUAUUUUCCUCAUGUUACAACAUUUCACAACCAAACGUUGCAAUUUUACUCAUUUUAACAUGCUGUUUCUAGCUGUGGUGAUUUAAAUUUUUUAUUCUUUCCUGGAUGAAAAUUUAGUCUAUAGCUGAAAUUGCCCUCCCGAAGUGAAGUGUAUUUUUUGCAUUUGGGGGAGCUAGUCAACUAGAACAGCAUUAAUAACAAAUUUUGAAGUGUAAAACAGGCUACAUACUUACACGUGUCAUCUCUUACCGUAAUCAGGAAAAAAUGGUGGACAAAAUAACAAAGGAAGGAACAUUUGCCGAAAACACGACAGAGAAAAUUCUGAAACAACAUCAACGUCAAAUUAUAAAAUUGGAAACCAAAAUUAACGAGUAAGACCCACCUUUUAGUGAUUUUAUUUAAUUUCUUUCUCUUUCAUUCCUUACUCUCUUUCAUUUCACUUUCGUUCAUUUUCUUCUCUUUCAUUUCAUCCUAUACUUCAUUAUUUUUUACUACAGAGCAAAACAAGCCCAGGAACGUAACAUGUAUCAGAAACUUGAAGCAAAAAGAUUGAAAAAAGAAAAGUAAGAACUGAAAUAUAUCAAGUCGGUGGCGAAGGUAACCAUAGCAACUGGUCAUGCUGCAUGUGCAAAUUUUUAAAUAUUUGUAUUACUCAAACCUUAGAAAUCUAUUGUCUUUAAUCUGUUUUAGUGUUUAUUUGCAUAGCAUGACCAGCUACCAUGUCUAGGCUUCGCCACAUAAAGCAAACAAACACGAUAGUCUAUUAGACUAAACAAACACCGACGUGGUCUUAAAGUACUGUUUAAUAAACGAACAGGAGUGUCUUAUUAGGUUUAAAGCCACGAGCGCGCACCGCGAGUGGCUUUAGAUCUAGUAAAACACGUCCUGCGAGUUUAUUAAACGGCUUCAAACACGACCACAAAUUCAAUAGCAAUACUGCUUUAUUAGCAUUCUUUAUAUAAAGAAUACUAACGAGGACACGACUGCAAUAGAUACUGCCUUAUUAGUAUUCUUUAUAUAAAGAAUACUAAUUAGGAGUGUUUUAUCAGGUUCUCUCUCCUCCGCAGAGGCUUUAGUUUUCUUAGGAUUUAACAUUUCGAUCAGAUACGUUUCACUACACUUUACAUGGCGUUUAAAGCGUGACAUAUUAUGGUUGACAUGAUUUGCCAUUCUCGUACCCAGAGCCCUUCUUACGCGCGGUGCGACGAGGGGCUCUGGCCAAAUCCAUAUCCGAACUGGCAUCUGAUUGGCUAGUUCUAACACCGGAUAUUGUUUUCUUACCAUGUUUUUAUGGUAUCCGGUUACGGAUUUGGCCAGAGCCCCUCGUCGCACCGCGCGUAAGAAGGGCUCUGGUACGAGAAUGAUGAUUUGCCAAUUAGCUCAUGAAUUAUUAAUGAGUGUUUAAAGGCCUGUUUAAGACAUUUUACUCACCGUCUAAAGCACGGUUUACACUAUCAAAGUUUCUGUGAUCAUAGUAGGAAUUUUGCAAGUUUUGAAGGAUUUUUAAGAAAUGUUUGAGGAAAGUUUUGCUUGUAUUUUUCAAUGCGUGCAGUAUCUAUUAUUUCUAUGGAUCCCUCUCAGUGCGGGGCUUAGUAGUUUCGUCAUUAAUUUAUGAAAUAAAGAAAUGGCAUGAUCAAUUCUCUUUUUUAAACAUUCCACAGAGCUCUAUCUGCUGAGAUGAACGACAAAGCUGAACAGCAAAAGAAAAAAGGAGUGAGGUUGUGUAUAUUAGUUCUUUUCACUUUGUAUGUCAUGUAAAUCUGUAAACUAUAAUGCAUGCGGGUAAAAAAAUGAUGUCACUGGAUGUCGAGCAGAAAAAUUAAAUUGAUGUCAUUAAAUGGGUUUGGAUGUUUGGUGUAUUCAGUAUCUUUUCCCUAACAUAUUUCUGCUAUUUAAUCUACAGAUCAGCAACAAGGGUAAUGAUGAAUUCUCUUGCUCAAACUCAGCUCAAACAUAAGCUUGAGGUACACUACACUCAUUUUUUUAUUGUGGUUCUUUCGAGAAAAUUUGAUUUUCAUGUUUCUGAGACUUAGUUGGAUCACUAGGAUGGUACUUCAUUUUCGACAUUUCUAGGGACUACAGAAGAGACGUAAUCUCAAUCCAUAAAUUACUGUGCAAAAUAUCCCAAGUAUAAUACGGAUCAGUAAAAUAGCCAUGUAUAGAUCACUCCGGUAUAUAUGCUCAGUUCAGUGGUGGGAGGCAGUGAAUGUGUUUGCCUAUUUCCGACUGCUGACCCGUUACUAGAGAGGGAUAUCAUUCAUCAAUAAACCCAAGAAAAACUAUGAUUUAAUUAUGUUAUAAAAUUGGGCAGCUAUACAAAAAAUGCAUUAUAUAGCACCACCUAGGGAAUAAGCCACAGGCUACCCCAAUUACGGCGACCACUUAGUUACAUUAACAUUAAUAACGAGCAAUGUAGACAGUAUACCAAAUUGACAAAAAGACAUCAGACAACGAACACCAUCUUAAAACACCACCCAUGCACCUGGUCCUUUCACAUUUAACACAUACAACUAUCCAAUUUACUUUUCGGACAAACUGGCUAAAAGGGUGCAAUAUAUACUGCCAAAAAUACUGCCAAGGAUCUUUUCAGGCAGUAAUACCUAUAUGCUGAAAUAGGGCCGCCCCAUGCAUACAGAAUCAUAUUCCGAUUCAUAAGUGCUAUUUGGCUUAAUAACUUAUAGUAACAUAUAUUUAGUAAGUUAUAUUUCCUCGAGGACAAGGGGACAGUUGCCCCUGGACUCUUUCCGUAUCCACACUGAAUCAUAUCAUUCAUGUCUAUUUAGGAAUUGAGGCGAGAAAUGGAAAUGGAACUCUCGAAACAAAAGGAAGAACUAAAUCGAAUUAUGGAAGAGAAACUUAUGGAAGAACUGCAGGUCCUUCUUCGCAAUUCUUUAUUUUUGUGAAUUAUUCUCUUGUGCUAUAAAGAAUUUUGUACAGUACAAAAUACACAAUGAAUACAAUAAAUAUAUAAAACAUCUUAUUUUAGUUACACGAGAAGAACUUCAUUACUCAGUUGGCAUCGAUAAGCCACAUGAAUGAAGAAGAAAUAGCAAAAAUUUGCAAAGAAGCAGUCACAGGUAAAAGCAGUAGUUGACCCACACAGAACUUGACUUUUCCACAGUCCCCAAAAAUUUGCUUGGAAAAAAUUAAGAUCAUGUGACCUGCAAGGCAGACACUUGCACUCUGGAACAAAACGGAAAACUCUUGGGCCACUUCCGAAUUUUCUCUCGAAUGGCCACAGACAAUGCACCCUUCCUAAAAGUACUUAGCCAUGGCUAUAGGGCCUCGUUCUCGUGUUUGACACAUUAGCCUCAUUGCCCUUUAUCUUGUUACUGAUAACAAAAUUAUAAACAGGUAUUCUAUAUUCACUGAUAUAACUGCAUGGUUUCCGUAAACUCAAUAUCUUAAUUACGAAAACGAGGCUCUAUAGCCAAGACUGAGCAUGCACUUUCCGGAAGGGUGUACAGCGUGAGAACGAGGCUUCGUGCUAAAUUGUAAUGUUUCUAUAGCAAAUUGGUACCAACCCUCGACAUGGCGUUAUUAUUCUUCAAAACUAGAGCGUAAUUGGGAAAUAGUCUUAUAGUCUAUUCCGUCCUCAAACUUUAUUUCCAUUUACCAAGCUGUUAUUAUUUAUGCUUCUUUUCUUUUCUCGUGUUAGAAUCUGGUGGUGAUCAGCAGACGUCGAAAAAGAUAUCGAAAGAUCUACGCAAGCGUAUUCGCAACACUAAGCAGGACGCUGUAGUUUAGCCCAAAUCUUUACUCUUCCACCUCAAACUCGCCAUCGGUUUCAAGAAGCGUUUCAUAAUAAUAAUAGAGAGGUUCAGAUAUGGCUUUCUCUACCACUACAGCUGCCUCUCAUUGGCAUUUGAUUGGUUAAUCAGGGAGAAUAAACCCAUCUGAUUGGUCAAUGAUCGUUAAUGGUAGUGGAAGUUAAAAUCUGAACCUCUCUAAUGCCACAUGAUGGUCAACGGUAAAAUUAUUUGCACUUCUCGGAGCACGGAAAUUAUUCUCAAUAUAUCCAUAACUUGUAUUUGUCAGCAAACACGAACAACGUCAGUAUAAGUGAACGAUUUAGUCAAUGCCGGACACUUCGCAACUUUUUUUUGGGAAGUGGCGAAUUCAGGUUGCCAACAUAUGAUAUCUUUCUGUUGGUAUCUUAGCUCUCGAAACUGGUAUCUUAGUUCUCGAAACUUUUUUCCCUUAAAUUUAUGCAACAUAUUGCUCAAUUUCAACGCUUUCGUGGUUGGAAAAUUAGUGUUACGACUUUGUUGCACAGCGAUUCAGCUAUCAUCCAAAGCACUCCGCUAGUGUCCGCGACUGUAUAUCAGUAGUUUAAUUUCAGUGACGUAUUUAUUGAGUGGAAAGUAAUGCAAAGCUCAUGGAGUAACUUAAUGUGCACAGAAUCGUUCUACUCGUAGUGAGUAUAUUUGCAUUUAUAUUUAACUGUGACCACUGUAUAUAAUUUAUUUAUUAACAAUUAAUGCAUGUAGCAUAUUUAUUAAGUACAAAGUAACUAAAAUAACACAAAAUCUAAAGAGUUUUUAAAAUACUAUGACUCGAGGUACUAUCACAAGGAAAAUGUUACCCAGAGUCCCAGACUAUGAACGGUAUACAGUCAC